AACUCGGCAGUGCUGCCGCGGUUAACCGACAUGCAGGCCCAGAUGCGAAACCUUACGUUGCAGCGGCAGACGUGCGCGUCGCUGGUCGACAAGCCACUGGCCCGCGACUGCAGCGACCUGCCGACUGGCUCCCCCAGCGGAGUGUACCGGGCGUGGUUGAGUGGGCUGCCUAGACCGGUGCCGGUGUACUGUGACAUGUCCAAAGACGGCGGCAGGUGGACCGUCUUCCAGCGGCGCGCCGAUAUUACACCCAGGCAGAACUUUUAUCUCAACUGGCAGUCCUACAAGAUUGGAUUUGGAAAGGUCGAUGGCGAGUUCUGGUGGGGCAAUGAACACCUGUUUCGGCUAACCUCGCAGGGUGGCCGACGGUACAAGCUGCUCAUUAUCUUGGAAGACUUUGAUGGCGGAAUAAGGUACGCAUCAUACCAGAACUUCAAGGUCGGGCCAGAGCGUGAUGGUUACCGCCUUCACGUGAGCGGCUACACGGGAAACGCCGGCGAUAGUUUCGCCGGAUUUCACAAUAAUGCGCGUUUCACUACAAAGGAUAGGAACAACCAACAGCCGCGGAAACCAAGUUGUGCUAAGAGAUAUAAGGGUGCCUGGUGGUACAAGUGCUGCCACGAAUCCAACCUGAACGGACAAUACCUUUCCGGACCGCAUCGGUCGUUCGCCGAUGGCAUCGAGUGGAAGCGUUGGACAGGAUACCGUUAUUCCCUGAAAGCAGUGGAAAUGAAGAUCAGGCCAGUAUAGAAGUAAGGAUUUCAAGCCCAAAACUUGCUUGAGUGAUAUGUACUCACCCCGACGGCAUUUGUGAUGGAAAGCAAAGAGGUCUGUGCUUGAAAUGCUUGCAUGAGGCUUGUGGAAACUAGAAUAAUCAAAUUGUCUGUGCUUCUGGAACCCAACGCAAACAAGCAAGCAUAUGUAUCACGUUUCGCAGAUCUGUAAGCCUCUGCCGAAUCUUCCACAUAAUGUUGUGUUUGCAUGGUUACAUGGACGAUCAGAAACAAGUGCAUCCAUCCAAUACUCGACUGAUACACCUUGCAGCUUCA